AUGUCAGUUGCUAAGUAAACCGCUAGAUGCCUUAAUGGCCUUAAAUCCAACGUUGCAGUUGUCUUAGGUGCUCAAUGGGGUGAUGAAGGUAAAGGCAAACUUGUAGAUAUUCUUGCUGAAAAGUAUGAAUAUUGCGCUAGAUUCAAUGGUGGUGCUAAUGCUGGUCACACUAUCAUUGCCAAUGGAAAGAAAUACCCUUUCCACUUACUUCCUUGUGGUAUUCUUUAUCCUCACACCAAGAACGUUUUGGGUAAUGGUACUGUUAUCCACUUAUAAACUAUGUUCGAAGAACUUAAAUAACUCGAUAGAGAUCACAUCAACUACAAGGGUAGACUUCUUCUCUCCGAUAGAGCACACUUGGUUACUUCCCUUACUAUUGCUGCCGAUUCUAAGAGUGAAUCUUCUUCUAAGAAUCAAUUCCUUGGUACCACAAAGAGAGGUAUCGGUCCUACUUAUGCCAGCAAAAUGAACAGAUAUGGUUUAAGAGUUGGAGAUUUAAAGAAUUGGGAUACUUUCUUGUUAAAAUACAAGUACCUCCAAGGAAAGUUUUCUGAAUAAGGAGUUAAUGCUGGUAGCGAAGAAGAAUUGUAAGAAAUCAAGUUAUUAAGAGAAAGAAUGCUUGCCAACAAUAUGAUUACUGAUACCGUCGUUCUUAUGAAUGAAGCAAUUAAGCAAGGAAAGAGAGUUUUAGUUGAAGGUGCUAAUGCUUGUUUAUUAGAUAUCGAUUUCGGUACUUAUCCAUAUGUUACUUCAUCCAACACAUCAAUUGGUGGUGUUUGCACUGGUUUAGGUAUUGCUCCUCAUCACAUUGAAACUGUUAUCGGUAUUGUUAAGGCCUACACCACUAGAGUUGGAGAAGGUCCUUUCCCUACUGAAUUGAAUGAUUAAAAUGGUGAACAUUUGAGAAAGGUUGGUCAUGAAUUCGGAACUACAACUGGUAGACCCAGAAGAUGCGGUUGGUUGGAUAUUCCCUUAUUAAGAUACUCUCAUAUGAUUAAUAACUAUUAAUCAAUAAAUAUCACCAAGCUUGAUGUUCUUGAUUAAGUUGACGAAAUUAAAAUUGCUACUAAAUAUACUGUCAAUGGAGAAGAAAUUCAUUUCAUGCCCUCAACUAUUGAAGAGUUAUCUUAAGUAAAGGUUGAAUAUACUACUGUCAAAGGAUGGAAUCAAGACAUUUCUAAAAUAAGAUCUUAUGAUAAAUUACCAUAAAAAGCUAAGGAUUAUCUCAGCACAAUUGAAGAAUUACUAGGUGUUCCAGUUUCUUGGGUAGGAACUGGCCCUGAAAGAGAAGCUAUGGUUCUCAAAUAAUGA